GUUUACGGUAAUAUCUUCAUAGUAGUCCGGAAACAAACACUUAAGUACAGGGUGCUGCGGCUUGCAUAGCCUAUACUGCUAAUUCGCACGCAAACACUUUCUUUAUUUGGACUGAAAUCUUUUUCUUUUCCACUAUAAGUUUCUUUACAUGAUAUAUAUUUGGUAAGCGGCGCUGGAAUGUCGUAUACGAGAAGGUCUAGCUGUGUUGCGUUCCAGGCACAGUUAUCUCCAAUCCUGGAGAUAUUAGCCCAGACAGCGGUGGCAGAAAUUAAUAAACUUGUUGACGAUGGGACAACAGUUUUACGUCUGGAAAUGUCUCAGAAUCAACGGGAGAUUGAAACUCUGAAGAGAAAAGUACAGUCACUCGAGCGCGAGCUGCGGGCGACGCAGAGGACCGCAGAAUCACGAGGACACCCGCAGCCUGUUAUUGUUCCGAUUUUGGAUGAAUUGCGAUUAACUAAAAGAGCAGAGAGAGUCUUUCAGCAGGAGUGGAGCUUCAGUCUGCAGAGUGAAAGAGAACCUGCUGGUGUGGCACAGGUAGACACACCUGUGCAAUCCAGGAUCAUGAGGAACCAGUCUGCAAACAUGGAGCAGUUCAGGCCUGAACCAGUUCUUAUCAAGGAGGAGAGACUGGAAGAGGACUUGUGUUACAGAGAGCCACAGCCCACACCUGGAGGAGAGGAACAGGGAACACAGCCCACACCUAUAACAGAGGAACAGGUAACACAGCCCACACCUGUAGAAGAUGGGAAGAAACUGGACCCGGAGCCCACACCUGCAGGAGACCCAGAGGAGCUGAGUGAGCAGCACAGGUGUGAACAUGGUGAUGAGGAGCUCAGUGAACUGGAGUUUGUGGUGAAGGCAGAACAAGAGGAAGAGCAUGUAGCCCAGAGACUCAGUCAGACAGGAUGUGAACACAGUGCAGGAAGACUCAACAAUCUGGACUCUGAGUAUGUAAUGUAUGAGAGAGACAGUCAGCUGUGGACUUCCUUUACACAAGAGGACAGUGACUUAGAGACUGAUGAUCCAGUUUGUUCUAAUGCUACAGAAAAGUUCUCACAGAAUCUGUCUAUUCACACACAGCUACAACAUGCUCCUGCCACCAUGGAAGUCUCUGGAAACACACUGUCCUCUAUUGGGGCUUCAUAUGUUGAGGAGUUUGAUAAGAUGAGUGAGAAGCCGUCUGUUUGCAGUGAGGAGCUCAGAUCAGAGGCCAUUCACACACAGCAGAGUCAGUACAGAGAGAGACUUGUGCACACAGUGGUGAGAGAAAAUCAGACAUUACUGCCCCAGCAGCAGCAACAUGGACCCUCAGUAAAACACAUGAGAGGCAGCGAGAGCCCAGCCCAGCCACACUCAGGCUGUCAGUAUGAGACCGACUCUACUCUGAGUACCAGUGCUUUCAAUGCUGGGAAUGAUGGGGAGGCUGAAGGACAAGCUGAAUGUGGAAGGAAACCGUUCGUUUGCAUAUAUUGUGGGAAGAGUUUUGAUUGCUGUAGUCGUCUCAUCUCACAUCACCGAAUUCACACCGGGGAGAAACCGUUCAGCUGUGCACAUUGUGGGAGGUGUUUCAAUCGCAAAAGCAAUCUUGUACGACAUGAGAGGAUUCACAGCGGGAAUAAACCAUUCGGUUGCACACUCUGUGGAAAGAGAUUUGCUUGGGGACCUGACCUAAGAGCACACCACAGGAGUCAUACAGGAGAGAGACCGUAUCACUGCACCUACUGUGGGAAGAGUUUUGCUCGCCAGUGCAAUCUUGUUGUGCACCGGAGGAUUCACACAAGAGUGAAACUGUACAGCUGUGUCUAGUGUCAGACUACUUCUUUAAAUUUGAAGACCUCCGUUGAUCUAAUCAGAUUUCACUGUUGAAAUAAAUCCUUUUGACUGAAAUGGUGUUCAUUAGCAAUUUUGUGUGAGCCCUUUGUGCUGAAGUUUGUUAGAAAGAAACUGUGCUUACAAAAUUCAUGAAGAGACAUGAUAGUACAUCCCAGUAUCAGUGUUGCCCUUCAGAUGGCCUUAAUAAAAUGAAACCGUUUUAAUUAAA